UACUACUCAUCGUCCACUCAGACAUAUAAUAAAAACGGUUUUAUACAUCAGCAGAUUUUUUUUUUGAAGAGUCGAGUAAUUUUUUGACACUAAUUAAAUAAUAAUAAAAUGGAAGUAGCGCAGAAUAUAGAAAACGGGACGAGUAACCAUAGCAACCAUAAUUCUUCUCAUAAACAUAAACAUAAACACAAGCAUAAAAGUGAUAAGAAGUCCUCGCAUCAUAGUAAACAUAAAAAAAGGGAUAAGGACCGCGACCGGCAUAGGGAGUCGUCUUCUAAAAGUAAUGGGGAUUCAGGGUCGCCAAGGAAAUCGGAAGCCGUGGCGGCGGCAGUGGAGGUGGCAGCGGAGGUUAAAAUUGAACGCCGCUCCCUCUCGCCUGUAAAAAAAAUGGAGGUGGACGACUCGGAGGACGACCGUCCACUUUCCUCGAGAAUCCAAGUUAAAAAAAAUUAUGAUUCCGAUUCUGAAGACGACAAACCUCUGAUCCACCGCAAACCACCCCCACCCACAACCUCACAAAAGCGAAAAUCCAACCAUUCCUCUGACGACUCCGACUCGGACUCGAAACCGCUCAGAAAAAAGUCCAAAAAACAAGUGAAAAAACCCACAUCGCAAUCCCCCUCCCCAAAAAAGAAAAAGCCCAAAAAGGAAGAGGAGGAAGUCUGGAAAUGGUGGGAGGAGGAGCCCCGGGACGACGGCGUCAAGUGGAAUUUCCUCGAGCAUAAAGGCCCCGUUUUCGCUGCGAAAUAUGAAAAAUUACCCAAAUCCGUGCACUUUAAAUACGAUGGGAAGGUUGUUAAAUUGAGCGAGGACGCGGAGGAGGUGGCUGGAUUUUACUCGAGGUUCAUCGAACAUGAAUACACGACUAAAGAGAAGUUUAAUGAGAACUUUUUUAAGGACUGGCGCCGAACGAUGACCGCCGAUGAAAAAAAGACCAUCACGGACCUUCGAAAGUGCGAUUUCCGCGAGAUAAACGAGUAUUUUAAACUAAAAUCCGAGGAGAGGAAAUCCAUGUCGAAAGAGGAGAAAUUAUGUCAAAAAGAAGAGAACGAGCGGAUCGCGGAGGAGUUUGGGAUUUGCGUGUUGGACGGGCACAAGGAGAAAAUUGGGAAUUUUAGGAUCGAACCCCCUGGAUUGUUCAGGGGGCGGGGGGAUCAUCCCAAAAUGGGGAUGCUCAAAAAGAGGAUUUUCCCCGAGGACGUUAUCAUCAAUUGUUCCAAGGAUGCCGUGGUGCCGAAGCCCCCCGAGUCCCACCGGUGGAAAGAGGUUCGUCAUGACAACACGGUCACGUGGUUGGCUUGCUGGAUCGAGAAUGUGCAGGGACAAACAAAGUACGUCAUGUUGAACCCCACGUCUCGCCUGAAAGGAGAAAAGGAUUGGUUAAAAUACGAAAAGGCUCGCGAACUAGCGAAACAUAUUCAUAAAAUCCGUGAAAACUAUAAAAAUGACUUUAAAUCAAAGGAAAUGCGCGUUCGACAAAGGGCAGUGGCGCUUUACUUUAUUGAUAAGCUCGCCCUCCGCGCGGGCAAUGAAAAAGACGAGGACCAGGCGGACACCGUUGGCUGCUGUUCCCUGCGCGUGGAGCACAUUGAAUUAUUCGACGAAAAGGACGGUCAAGAAUCCGUCGUGACGUUUGAUUUCUUGGGAAAGGACUCGAUCCGGUAUUUCAACCAGGUUACCGUGGAAAAACGCGUUUUUAAAAAUCUAAAACUCUUCAUGGAGAGCAAGAAGCCGGGGGAUGAUCUUUUUGAUCGGUUGAAUACGCAAAUCCUGAACAAGCACCUGAACGACCUCUUGAGCGGCCUCACGGCCAAAGUAUUCCGAACCUACAAUGCCUCCCACACGCUCCAAGAGCAGCUGGACGAGCUCACCCCCGUCAACGGCUCGGUCAAUGAGAAGGUUCUCGCGUAUAACAGGGCCAAUCGGGCCGUCGCGGUCUUAUGUAACCAUCAACGGGCCGUUCCCAAAUCACACGAAAAAUCCAUGGAAAACUUGGUCACCAAGAUCCAACAGAAAAAGGAUGAUGUCAAAAAGGUCAAGAAGGAGCUGAAGGGGUUGUCCAGGGGGAGCAAAGACCACGAAAAGAAAUCUGCCCAACUCCGCCGGACAGAGGAGCAAUUAAAAAAACUGGAAAUGACGAAAACGGACAAGGACGAAGGGAAAGAAAUUGCCUUGGGAACGAGCAAGUUGAAUUAUUUAGACCCACGGAUCAGCAUUGCUUGGUGUAAAAAGCACGACGUUCCCAUAGAGAAAGUUUACAACAAAACGCUGAGGGCCAAAUUUCGUUGGGCGAUCGACAUGGCGGAUAAAAAAUAUCGUUUUGAUUAAUGUUUUUUUUAAUUUAAAUGUGUGUGUAUAAUUAUUAUGAGAUGAUUAACAAUAUUUAGAAAUAAACUCUUUAACUUUCCGUUGAAA